AUGAGCGCGUUCGUUCUCCACAGCCCAGAUGCGGCUCUUCAGCCUCCCCGGUGGGUGCAGACCCCCUGGAGCACUGCCCACCCCCCACCCCAAGUGCUGGCAACCCCUGGGAAGGGGGGACAUUGUGACCCCAGGUCAGGCUAUGGGCCUUGCCCGGAGCUUCACGUGCUGCUGGUGACAGAGCCGGGAGCCAAACGCCUGUCCCAGGGCAUCUGGGACAGCCCAGCCCUUGCAAGGGGAACGGUCUGGGCGAGGUUGGCCCUGCGGUUGUUUGCGGACAGAGCGAGGUCCUGGCGCAGCUCCGCGCAGGGCCGGGGGCUGGGGGGGCGGCAGGGGCUGCGGUUGUCACUACAAAUUGCCCCACCGUGUGAAGGCGAACAACACUAUGAGUACUCAGGAUGGUGCUGCACAAAGUGUGAGCCAGGAAAGUAUAUGUCUGCUAGAUGCACAGGUACUUCUGACAGUGUGUGCCAGCCAUGUGGACCAAACGAGUAUAUGGAUGUCUGGAAUGAAGAAGAGAAAUGCUUACUACAUAAAAUAUGUGAUCAAGGGAAAGCUUUGAGAGAAGUGAGCCCAGGGAACAGCACGUCCCAGCGGCAGUGUGCUUGUACGAUGGGCUACCACUGGAACGAGGACUGCGACUGCUGCCAGCGCAACACCCUGUGUGCACCAGGAUUUGGAGUUGAGCAUCCUGUGCAACAAGACAAGGACACAAUGUGUACACCAUGUCCCAGGGGCUACUUCUCAAAUGUCGCUUCAUCCACCGACAAGUGUAAAUCCUGGACCAACUGUACAGCUCUAGGAAUGACAGAAAGUGUGCCUGGGACCGACAAGUCAGAUGCAGUUUGUGGAGAAGGGAAGAUCCCUGAGCCAUCAGAAGAUGGAGCAAACAGAAUCUUAUACGUGUUGAUUGUCAUCUUGUUUUUUGUGGCACUAAUUGGCAUUGUCAUCUUCAUCAUAUACUACAAGAAUAAGGGAAAAAAGCUGACAGCAGAUCUACAGAAUUGGGCUAAUGAAGUGUGCAGCCAAAUAAAAGGAACAAAGGAGCCACCAAGGGAUGCGUCUGUUACCAUGAACACCCCGAAUGCUGCUGUCCCCCAGGCCUCUGAAGGCUCGUGUCUCCUGGGCCCUGCUGGCUCUCCGGCCCCUGGGAACUUGGGCUGCACCAGCAGCCAGACUCCUUGCGGGAACGGGAGCCCUGGCCUGGUGCCGUGCGAGGUGGGAGGGAGCCUCCAAGAGUUUUCUGUGGUAACUGAGACUGAUGAUAACUUCCCACCGGUUCCCAUGGAAGAUGAAUACACGGAUAAGGAUCUCAGCGCCAUUGAUUAUUUAUCUUUACUGAGUCAAACUGUCAGUAAAACUGUGUCGUCAUUUUCAGAACCAAUGGAGACAGGGGAGAAUGACAGCUUAAAUCAGUACUUCUCAGGGAUUGGGAGCUCAGAGGAUGUAUCGCUCUCUCAAAGCUCUCAUCCUUCCCCCAGCAUGGUUGGGCCACAUAUUGUCACGGACAAACUUCUUCAGAAAUCUUGCCAACACGCCCACAGUUGCCUGAAGGAGACAGGCAACAAAGACACAGAUAGUUUUGCAACAAACUAUGACUCAGAGAAGAUCUGUGUGAGGUGUGGCAUUUCAUACAGGGAAUCUCCCAGAAAGUGGAGCAAGCCCUGUUGUCCUGCAGCUGACGGUUCCUCCACCUCUCCAGAAACUGGAUCCUGUGCACAGUGCAGCUGUGGCUUGAAUUUUCUCUCUGCUGGUCAGAGCACUCUAGCGAGCGAUCAUAGUAUGGAAGAUGCAUCUUCGGAUAGUAGCAACAUGAAGUACCAGAACACAAACAGAAGCACUUCAGGGACAAACAGCAGCACUUCAGACCUCCCUCCAGCAUCUGGAAAUGUGACUGGAAACAGUAACUCCACCUUUAUCUCAAGUGGACAAGUAAUGAAUUUCAAGGGCGACAUCAUUGUUGUCUACCUUAGCCAGAACUCCCAGGAGGGGGCAACGGCCUCGGGGCCAAGCGAGGAGAAGGUGGGCAGCCCGGUGCAGGAGGAGAACCUGAGCCGCUGCGAGACCUUUGCCGGCAACGCCCAGCACUACAAGGAGAAGUGUGCCGAGCUGCAGGGCGCCUGCCCGGCCACGGGGAGCGGGAGGCCGUGGCCUCCUGCCAGACCCCUGGCCAGGUCUGGCCACGACCAGGCCUUGCAGCCCAUGCAGGAGGAAGGGAAGCUGGGACACUCCUCCGAGAAGGUGUUGAACUGA